AUAAACGUCAAAGUCGCGACCAGAGCUAGACUGUUUUCAGUUCGCGUUCCUGUUUUGUGUUCGAAUUUGUUUCUUAAAACAGCACUCAAAUCAACCAAUUCAACGAUUAAAUCAUGUGAAAAGUUAUCAGAAUUCAACUUUCAAACAUUGCAAGUGGAAAACCAAACCAGAGUUUCUACCAAAGUCGCUACUGCGAAAGGGUAUCGUGUUUGAGUGGACUUUUUUUUCUACAUCCCUUGUCUGCUUGCUGUGCCCCGAACGUAAGUGGAUGCUGUUUCGAAACAAUUCGUAUCCAUUUUGCAUCACGGUAACGGAUUUCUCGAAUUGCUUGCGCUGAAAAUAUCUAAGCAAGAUGUCUACCGAGCAAAAUGUCAAAUCUUUGCUGGAAAUCACCGGUUUAAAGUCGGAGCAGGCAUCCGCGCUUUUAGCCGCAUAUAAUGGUAAUCUAGAAGGGGCCAUCAAUGCAUUCUUCGAAAAUCCUGAAGGCAUCUUGAAUCCAGAACCACCGGUUGUAGUAGAAGAUGAUGAGGAUAAUGUUCGAGCCCCGAUACCUCGGAAAACCGAGAUUCUGUUACCACCAUCUGAGACGAGUCGGGGAAGAUUAAAACGUCGUGGAGCCACAAUUACCGAAGUUCCUUUUCGAAACUUUGAACUAGAGGGAAGACUGCAAGAGCAAAUACUUAUGCAAGGACAGGGUCCAUCGUCGAAAAAAAUCACACGAUUAGAAGCAUUGUUUAUGCCGCCGUUUGAAAUUUUAUUCUCUGGAAACUUUGAAAUGGCACAGAGACAUGGCAAGAGCGUUGACAAAUGGAUCUUGGUUAAUUUGCAAGACGAUUUAAAUUUCAACUGUCAGACAUUGAACAGAGACUUAUGGUCGGACUCUAGUUUGAAGGAUUUCCUCAGAAACCACCUUAUUUUUUGGCAAACAUCAAACAAAACAUCGGACGGAGCUAAAUUUAAAACAUUCUACAAGGUAAAUACCGAACCCUACAUUGGAAUGAUCGAUCCUCGAACCGGCGAAGAAGUAGAAAAGUUUUCAACCUGUGACAUAGAACCGAUCAAAUUCCUAACCACGUUGAAAAACUUUUUGGUUGACAAUAAAUCACCAAACGGAAAAGAAGUUUCCUUCAUCGAUUCUAGCUUUAUGCGUCCGUCAAGUUCUAAUCAACCAAUUGUAAAUGCGAACGGUUCAAAACCAACCACAUCCAACAAACCGAUCUGGGUUCCAGACAAUGGAGACGAUGAGGAAGAUUUCCAGGAAAUCAGCGAUAGUGACAGCGAGCUUGAACCGGACACUGCAACGUCGAAAAUCUUUUCGAAACAAGCCACUAUUCCAACCGAAACCCCAAGUUCUCCGGUACUUAGUUCCGAUGAUGAAACAACGCUAUCUCCGGCGGAGAAAACAAGAAUCAUGUUAAAAAUGCCUGGUGAUGCUACUGAGCGGCUCUUCUUCCGGAGCACACGAACGCUAGAUCAUACCAAAGCAAAGCUGAUGUGUAAGUUUGCAGCACGCUUUGCAGACCAAAAAGGCAAACCGGUUCGUUUUUUCUGUCCGGCUAUUAAAACUGAUCUGGCAUCGCUGGACGGCAGUCGGACGCUACUAGAUUUGAAGAUCCACCCGAAUGCUGUGAUUCACGUGACGGUUGACGAUUAAAAUACAGAACCAUAAAUUACAUUGCUACACGCGUAAACACACCUGAGACUCAGCACCUAGCGUAUUAAGUUUUAGUUUUCGAUCCAAUAAAUUAUUAAAUAAUAAAAUA